UUAAAUUCGUAUCUGUAACGGGAAUCAAGUGCGGUUAUCAACAAAGCUACUCACGUGUUUACAUAUUUUUUGUAUUAAAAAAAAAUUAAAACGGAUAAAUUAAAAAAAUAUAAGAAUACAAGUGGAAUUUAAGUUUACUCAUACAAUUUUAUAUCUUUGUAUAAGUCACAACCUACACAGUGAAAGUAAAUACAUAUAAAUAAAUAAAUCAUUUAAAAAAAAAAGAUACACAUACACAUAUGUAAUAAUGUUGAAAUCGUUCGACAUAACCGGAGGAGGAAAUUUUACGGAAUUUUUGAACGUCGGUCUUGUAGCAGCUCUUGCAACACCUGUUGCUGUUCAUAAUCACAAUAACAACAACAAUACCAAUAAUAAUAAUAAUAAUUUGGCAUUAAUGAAUAUUAAUAAUAUUAAUAAGAAGAUUGCAUUGGAUAACAAUAAUAUUGUAUCGAUGAAAAGUACAAAAAUUCGUCCUCAUCCGUAUUUAUUGCGUGAACCACAUCAAAUAGUACAUCAUCCAAUAUUACAGCCACAACAAUUUCAUAUUCAACAGCAACAAAUACAACAACAACAACAACUACCACAGUUGCAAGUAGUACAACAAUCACAUAAUAAAAGGAUAAUUAAAGAAGGAGUAGUAUCAUCUGUAGUUGCUGUAAGUAAUAUAGAUGGUGGAGUUAAUUCGGUUGGUGGAUUUGGAUUAAGUAAUAUGAAUGCAUCAUCAUCAUCAUCAGAAUUGGCUAGCAGUGUUGCGGUUGGCGGAAGCGGAAAUACUGAAAUGCCUUCAGCAGCACCAGUGAUUAAAACCGAACCAGAAACAAUUAGUCAAAUUGAAACCAAUAGCCUAGAACAUUCUAUAAAUGGUGGCAAUGGUAAUAGUAUUGGUGGCAAUAAUAAUAAUAAUGAUGGUGAAAAUAUAUCUCAAUCAUCGAAUGCCAUUAAUGAAACAGUUAGCAUGGAAAUUGCUUUAAUAAGAGACGAUGAUGGCGAUGAUGAAUUUGAUAAGGAUCAACCCGACCCGGAUAAUAUUAAAAUGUUUGUUGGUCAAAUACCAAAGACAAUGGAUGAAGUUCAAUUAAAGAAAAUGUUUGAAGAAUAUGGACGAGUUCAUACAAUUAAUGUGCUGAGGGAUAAGCUGACAACACAAAGUAGAGGGUGCUGUUUUGUUACGUACUAUACAAGAAAAGCUGCUCUCAAGGCUCAAGAUGCCUUGCAUAACAUUAAAACAUUAAAUGGGAUGCAUCAUCCUAUCCAGAUGAAACCAGCCGACAGUGAGAACAGAAAUGAGCGAAAACUUUUCGUUGGAAUGCUUAACAAAAAGUACAAUGAGAGUGAAGUGAGGCAACUAUUUGCUGGACACGGAACAAUAGAGGAAUGCACCGUGUUACGGGAUCAAAAUGGACAAAGCAAGGGCUGUGCCUUUGUUACGUUUUCAACGAAACAGGCAGCAAUUGGAGCAAUUAAGAACUUGCACCAAAGUCAAACAAUGGAAGGAUGUUCGGCACCUCUAGUCGUUAAAUUUGCCGAUACGCAAAAAGAAAAAGACCAAAAGAAAUUACAACAAUUACAAGCAACAUUAUGUGGUAAUAAUUUGACAACAAAUCCAGUUGUAUCAACAUCAUCAGUGAUAACUCGCUCAAAUCCCACCGUCCAAGCAUUAGCAGCACCAACAUUAGCACAGAGUGCAGCAGCUAUUGCUGCAACACCCUCAUUAAUAGCUGCCAAUCCACCACAACAGACUUCACCAUAUUUAGCAGCCGAUGCAUUGGCAACACCUAGUCAAAUGCAAUAUUUUCAACAAUUACAAACUUUUGGAAUCCAUCCACAAUUUUUACAAGGACUAAAUUUCCCACCGGAUCACAGUGCAACAGCUUUAUCGGCUGCCACCGGACUUAUUGCACCUAUGUCCAUGCAGAGUUUGGUCUCGUUGAGUGCUCUAAAUCCGUCACAGCAUCAAUUCCAUCAUCCGCACCAGCAUCAGCAUUUGACGCAUCCGCAUCAUUUGAGUGCAGCCGUUCCAGCUAGUCCAACACAGCCCAUUCCAGCACAAUUGGCAACUUCACAACCUGGAUCGACAACAUUAUGGACAGGAACUGAUGCUCUAACUAGUCCAUAUGCUCAAUCUCUAACGCAUUUGACAAAUGGCACAUUUGCAACGGCAACAGCACCAUUAACAGCUUCAGCACUUUCAGUUGCAGCAGCAGGAGUAGCUGGUAAGCAAAUAGAAGGACCCGAAGGAAGUAAUCUUUUCAUAUACCACCUACCUCAAGAAUUCAACGACACCGAUCUCGCUUCAACAUUUCUACCCUUCGGCAAUGUCUUAUCGGCAAAAGUUUUCAUCGAUAAGCAAACCAAUUUAUCCAAAUGUUUCGGUUUUGUUUCAUACGAUAAUCCACAUUCGGCAAAUGCAGCCAUUCAGGCAAUGCAUGGCUUUCAAAUUGGAACUAAAAGAUUGAAAGUUCAAUUAAAACGCUCCAAAGAUGCUGCGAAGCCAUAUUAAGUUUAUCUUUACAAGCACAAAAAUAUAAUAUUGAGUUCGAAAAAGAUGUCAUUCUAUAAUUCGUAUUUGUUUUGAAAUUAAAUUUAAGAAAAUUUAUACACAAAAAAAAAUAAAUUAAAGUUAUUUGUUUUAGAAAAUUCCAAAGUACGUUGUGCCUUAGGCUAGAUUUUAAGUGAAAGUAAAAAAAAAAAUAACUAAAUUAAAUGUUUAAUUUAAUUUUGUAUAUAUUAAAAACAAAUAUAUUGUGUGCAGCUAUGUCAACUUUGUGGGAAAAUACCAUCAGCAAAAUUGUUUGAAAAAAAAAACGAUAAUUUGGUUUUUCUUUAAAAUAAAAACAAAAAUAAAUGUUAAUUUAAAAGUUGUUAUAAUAGAAAGAAUUAGUAUUGGGAAAUAAAUGUGGUACCAAAAAAUGAGUAAAAGGGUUUCAAUUUAAAUGGUAGCAAUUAUUUACACUUUUAGAAAAUUUAAAACAAAAAAUAAUAAAAAAAAAAUAAUUAUACUUAUUUUUAAGUAAAUAAAAUUCAAAGGAAUGGUUAUUUAGUCUGUAUUAUUUAA